UGGUGGUGGUGGCUUGGUACCUGUCCGCCGAUAUAAAUAGUGCGCACGAAUCUGCUCACCAAUCAAGCUCCCAGGCUGCAUCUUCAUUGCCAUACCAAGACUCAGCCUCAGGAGCAGUCUAGCCCCCGUCUUCAGCCCCCACAUUCUAGUGCGUAGCUCCCGCGCGCCAUCGAGAAGGCGGAGUUGAUGCCUGCCCGUGUCAUGAUGCGCCUGCCUCGUGCGCGGUGUGCCUGCAUAUGUGAGCCUCGUGCUACAGCCGCAGCAGGCUUGCCGGCGUCAAGCAUCAUAUAGAGCCCUGCGCUGCGUUUCAUCCCUCAUAAGACUAUCUGAAAUAAUCGCUGAUGUGCAGUAUGAACGAGAAGACGACUGAACAGACUAGCAGCGCAUUGAGACCACCCUUCUCCUCUCGUCCGAUUCCACCUCCCUCCACGGCUGCCAACUCCAGCAACCCCACAGCACGUGAACUCGUGCAUCAAAAUGGUCAUAUCGACCCCAACCAGGGUCACGCUUUGGCGAGCGGGCAGCCUGUGCUGGACUCAGUCACAACCAUACCGCUAACGCCGGAAGACUCUCUUCCCACCAUAAGCGGCAGGAACAACGAGGCAUACCUUGCCAACGAUGACCCUCGCCAGUUCCUGAAACACGAUCUCGAUCUCUCGCGCCUCAAUCGCAUACAUGGACACCUAUGGAUGGCAGGCCGGCCGAUGCGCGCUAGACCGUUGCACAGAUACAGGAUGCUGGGCAUGGAAGUGCUAGGCACACAACAAAUGGACCUACAUUUGUUGAAAUAUUCAAACAAACUGCUAGUCAAGCCGCUGCCAGAGUGGAUGCUCAGCUAUGACUUUUGGAGAGAGCACAUCUGUCAACCAGGCGAUGCUGAUUCUAACAACAAUGUCAAGAGAGAAGAAGGCUGGCUGUGGAAGAGUGCCGCAGGGUUUUUGGUGAGCUAUGUGUGGCUCAUCACUACACCACUCGACUUGAAGAUUGCACACGAAUGCACGCUCCUGCCAAGUUUCAUAACUUGGCACUGGUGGAAAGACUUUGUGAGGGAUUUCAUGCACCAUGUGGAUAUCAACACACUACAUCAGGUGAAUAAGCGGUAUCAGUUCGGCGAUUUGAGGUUGGGAAGAAUCAACAGCACCUAUCGGAUACGGUAUGCACAUACGCACUUUGUAAGAGGAUAUCUAUACGGAUACAAUCGCUACGUGAUCUUCUUCCAGCGAAACUUCUCUUGGAUCCUUAUCGUAUUCGUCUUCUUCAGUCUCGUCCUUUCCGCUAUGCAAGUCGGUUCAGGCCUCAAAGAACUCGAAGAUAACUAUGCAUUCCUUCGCGCCAGUUAUGUUUUCGUUGUGUUUAGCAUGAUUUCCGUAGUUGCUGUGCUUGCAUUUGUGACUAUCGUCUUUAUCGGCAUCUUUCUCUUCAACAUGGUAAAAGCGAUUGCGCACGCGGCAAGUGAGCCAAAGAAGAGGACAAAAGCAGCCGAGCAGAAGCAAGAGGCGGGUAAGAAUGUAUGAUAAGCGUUGUCGUGCAUUAUACAUCGAUGCUGGCGUUUUGUUCCUUG